AGGCCCCGGCCGGGCGCAGACUAGCCCCUCCGUGGUCCUGGUGUCCCUCCUCCACUGGGCGGCAGCAGGACCCAGAGAGCUGAUCGAUGGCAUUAACAAUUCAGGCUUUGUGCUAUGGGGCCCCAGGCUGGGCCAGGGUCAUGGCAGCAGCGGCCGCCUGCCGUACCUCCAUUGCUGCAGAAGCCCGCCCCUUGCCGCCCCCCCCAUGCGCUGCAACACCACCACCACCACCCUCCAAGUGAGGGGUCUGUUUAUUCAGACUCUCUAGACAUUUCUCGGGACCGUCUUGCUCCAGGCGGCAGCUGCUGCGACGGGGUGUGUGGGGAGGAGCCCUGGUGGGCCGAGGGGGGCUCUGCCCUCAGAGGUCUAGCCUGUCGGGAGGCCGUUGCGCCCCCCUCCCCGCCCCCCGCCCCGGUCGCCUGAAGGUCUGGGGCACAGUCCGGGCACGGCCGCUUCAUGCUGCUGGUGGCGUGGAGCCCUGCACUGUCCCGGAGGCUGUUCUGGGGGGUCCUCGGCUGACAAGGUGCGUGUCCGUUUCCUGAACGCACGGGGACUGUUUUGAGCGGCAGGGGGAGCGCACUCCCCACGCCCGAGCCCCAGAGCCGUGUGGGUUUUUUCUUGGGCUGCACAAAAGGGCGGGCACUGAUCCACGCAGGGGGUCCUUGAAAAGCCCAAAGGGCUCUUGCCCCGUGGCUGCCAGUCCCAGGCCGUCCCUCCCUGAGGCUGCAGUCCUACAGCAGAGGUCUUGGGAAGGAGCCCAAGUUGUCUGCUGUGCUUUCCGGCUCUCCUUUUCCCGGCUGCCUGAGGAGGCACACGAGGUGCCCGCAAAACCACACGUGCUCCCGCCACAAUCUUGGCUCAAAGCUGCCCCCCCCGUGUGUGGGGUGGCGGGUGCCGUCCCAUCACAUGGCAGGUCAGGGCAUGAGCGGAGCGGAGAGCGCUCUGCUGCCGUCUGCCACGCAGCCCGGUGUCCGUGAGAUCACACCUGCCUCUGACGCCUGACUCGCAACCCCGCACUCACACCCUUGAGAGGUUGUUGCCAGGCCCCCUCCUUAGCAAGGACUGGGGCUGGUGAAAUGGACCCUCUGGCUGCGUCUUGGGGCCCCGAUCCAGAUGUAGCUGAGGCAAGCCAGCUCUCUGGGAGCCCCCGCUGCAUGGACCACCCACCCCACCCGCUGCUGCAAGCAGGCUGCCCCCGAAGGUGUGCAUUCAACGGCAGGGCCUGUGGAGCUCUUGCCUCUGAGGGGGAAAUGCGGCCACCUUGUGGCGGGGGGUGGGGGGGAGUGGGAAGCCUGUGGGAGUGGGUUUUGGAAGCACACCUGGGGGGGGGCGCCCCCCCUUUCCAGCAGUGGCUGGUCCUAAGGAGCGGGUGGGGGGGGCAAAGAAGGCUCAGCUGCCUGUCUCUGGCCCCCAGCAGCAGCCCCCCCCCGGUGCCCGUCUCUCCCCCGCCCUGCAGCUCCUGAGUGGCUUCUCGUGCUGCAGCUGUUGGGCUUCCCAAGGCAGCCACAAGGGCUCCCGUGCGGCUGUACGAUGGUGACGUGGAUAGAGCGGCAACAACACACCGCACUGGCCUGUGCAGAGGAGGAGCACCCUCAGCCAGAAAGCAAGUCUCGGGAGGUUCCCUCUGCACACCCCCCAAGUCCGUGUGUGGAGGAGGACAUUAGUCAGGACGCGGCGAACCUCAGUGCCAUCACGCGUCUGAAAGCCCCCCCCCCCAGCCAGCCGGCAGGGCUCCCCAACUCACCUGAUGGCAGCGGGGCAGCAGCCACGGCGACUACUUGCUGUGUGGUCGAUGCGCUGAUCCCCACGGGGCAGAGAAGGGGGGGGGGCGACAUUUUGCAGAAGAGCGUUUCAGACAGAGACAGUGUGGCUGCCUGUCAAGGAUUGCCGGCGCCUCCCCGCCAGACCCUGCUCCUGUGCCGAAAAAGCAGCCGCUUGACCAUUAGCCUCUCGUUCCUGAUGAAGGCACAAGAGGGCCGCCCAGUUCUUUUCUGGCUAGUGGGCAGGUCUACCCCGAUCCAGCUAAAGCAUGUCCAUGCGGGAGGUCUGUCAACCGGUAGCAAAAGGAAGCUUCUGUAGUCCGAGGCAGUCUACCGUUGAGUGCGCAGCGGGGGAGGGUGAUUGCUCUCGCCCCCUGCUUGUGGCCUGCUGGCUGGCCACUGUGGGGAGACUCGGCCUGGCCCAGGGACACAGUGCUCACCCUCCGGUGACCUACGUGGUGGAGGCUGCCGUGAGUUGCCUGGGACUAAGCCUCUGCCCUAGUUGGGCUUGUCUCUGAGUAGACCUGCAGGUGACGGAGCGGCACAUUCCUUGGAAAUCGGCCGAAGUCAAAGUGCAACCAAUGCACGGAUCCAGCCCCAACACACACACACACACACACACCCUCAGGGCCAUCGUAGCUGCUUUUCCCAGGUCACUCGGUGGUGGGUCUGCCUAGAAAGGGCUGCUCAGCUUGGGCCCUCCUGCCGAGGUGGGGCUACAGUUCUCAUCAUCCCUGCCCGUUGGCCACGACGGUGGCUGGGGCGUAUGGGAGUCGUAGUUCAAAAACGGCCGGUGCUGGGGGCUAAGUCGAGCAGGCAUGGUCCAGAAGAGGGGCACUUAUUCCAGCUCCAACACACGUGGGUGUCAGCAGGGCCUUUCCGGAGCAACGGGUCUGCUGGCCCUUUGCUGACGCUCCGCGGGGAAGCCGUGUCUUUGCAGCCCUGCCUUUCCUCCGAACUUUAAAAGGACACGUCCCCCCCCACUGCGCCCCCCCCCCGGGGUCAUCAGCGGAUGGAGCUCAGAAACUGUGCAAGACGUUGGGACGACAUGUGACACGACACCUCGUCAGUCACCCUCUCAGUAGGCAUCUCUUCGGGGCUGGAGGAGGCUGGAGAGCCAGACCCCGCAGCAGCUGGCGGAGGCAAGCUGGGCCGGGGUCUUUCUUUGGGCCAAGACCAAAAAAGCUCCCUCCCCCCCCAGCCCCCAACCUUUGAGGCCAGGAAGAGCUUCUUUUGCUAGUGAAGCUUCUCCCUCGACAGCAGCAGCAGCCCAAAGUGUUGGGGAGCCUGUUGUUAAGAACGCAGGAGCAGGGGAGCUUUCUGGGCUGGACAAAGGUCGCCGUGUGCUUUGGGGAAUGGGCUGGAUUCCCUGCCUCCCUGCCUCUCAACUUUCUGCCUCCCAGCUGUGUGUGACUCACGUCAUGUGAUCUCUGCAAGUUUUCAACUUGCCUCCAAGCAGGGCUGGCGAAGCAAUAAUUCCACUUGGCUGGCUGCGUGAGAAAGAGAGACCCAAGAGCAUGGAGCUCCCCCCAGAUUCACCGGGAGACUAUAUUCUGCAGCCUCCUGUUUUCCACCCGAUCCUUCCCUAUUUCACCACCAUCUUCAGUGGACUGACUCCCGGGAAAAUGGUGUUGGUGCAGGGCACGAUCCCGGUGGAAGCGGAAAGGUUCCAGGUGGACUUCCAGAGGGGCUGCAGCCUGCAGCCACGGGCAGAUAUUGGCGUCCACUUCAACCCCCGGUUCCACGCCCGGCCUCACGUGGUUUGCAACGCGCUGAGUGACAGCCGGUGGAUGGAGGAGACCAGGUUCCCGAACCUGCCCCUGAAAGGCGGAGACUCCUUCCAGCUCCUCUUCCUCUUUGAACAAGACCAUGUCCAGGUGAGCAUAAACGGGCAGCACUGCCUCCAGUAUCCUUUCGGCCUCCCGCUGGUGCAGAUGAACACGCUGGGUGUGUCUGGCGAUGUCGUCGUGAAAUCCAUCGCCUUUCUUGCCAACAACCCUUUUGACGCCAGCCGAACCGGAUACCCCAUGGCUCCAGUGAGUACAAGCCUGCGCCUGUUUACGAGCAGCACCAGCCUGGCGGUCCCUCUUUCCCGGCAGCUACCCAGAAGCCUCCAGCCAGGAGACACCCUUACAGUGCGAGGCCUGGUGCAUGAGGACCCCAAGGAGUUCCACAUCAGCUUGAAGAAGGACCCCUCGCACACCACUCUGAGCUUCCGCGUUUGCUUCACAGACAAGACCGUGGGGUGGAGCUCCUCCUCGCUGCAAAGCCCAGAGCUUGGCAAGAUGCUGGGGACUGGCUUCCCCUUCUAUCCUCAGCGAUACUUUGAGCUACUGCUGCGCGUCUGCACAGAGGACCACCUGAAGUUGGCACUGAAUGGCACGCCCCUUGGCAAGCAGCACCUCCCUCCACUGGCCACCAGCCCAGUCACAGAGCUAGCCAUAGAUGGCGACCUCACGCUGUAUGACGUCCUCCUGUGCUGAACCCUCCUUGCCGCUUGGUCCAAAGUGAAGAGCUGAGCUUGCAUUCAGAAAAACAGCCGCCUGCUGGCUCUCCUGGGACAGGUGGGUGGCUCAUGUUUGACCAGGUCCACAUGGAAGAGAUUCCCUGCACCUAGCAAGCUAGUUGGUCCGGGAUCUGCCUGGGCUGGAGUCCUCCUCCCUCUGGGGCUGCUGGCAUUCCGCAGGCAACACCACCCCUGCUCCCCACAUAAGGGGCUCUGCUCUUCAGGGGGCGGCUUCCGCUGUGGCCACUUGGCCAUCUUCUGCUGGGGGAGACGCCCGGAUGUUGCGGCUGUUUCUCAUCGGUGCUCUUCUUGCUCAGCACUAAUAAAGCUCAUCGCCUCCUUUG